GUAUAACCCACAGAUCUGAGUAGCAAUCACAUCAGACAGCAAUCAUGCAUCCUAUGGGUAGAGACACAAUGCUUCUGACUCUGCUGCUACUCUUUCCCAUACUGAGCCCUGCACUAGCUUGGCUCCCGAUGGAGGACUGGGAGUCAGGGAAUGUGACCACGUCUGGUGGAGCACUGGAGUGUGUUUGCAGUGUGUUCCUGCCCGACAGCACCUUCCCUGCUGACCGAGUGCAACACAUGCAGCAAGUUACCACCGAUCUGAGGCUGGAGGUGGAGAUCCAGAUGAAUAAACUUGUCCACUACGGGGGCAAACUGGAUAUCUUCUUAGGAGAACUGAAGACUUUGACUGUUAGAGUGGCCAUGCUGGAGACCAGUCCUGACAAUUACAUCAAACUGGACUUUGAGCUGCUCAGGAUUGAGCUCAGAGAGUUUGAGGCUCUGGUGUCUCAGCUCAAAGACUCCCUCAACUCCUCCUCACCCAUGCUUGACAGUCUGUAUACUGAGAUUUACAACAUGACCCUCAUUGUGAACCAACUGGAGACUUAUGACAAGAGCAACCUGGAAGUGAUCCGCAUUGAGUUUGCUAAGCUGCAGAGGAAACUGGAGGAGUGCCAGAAGGAGCAGGAGUUCAUCAAGCCAGAUAUUGGCAACUGCAAUCACACAGGAAUCAUAAGCGUCAACAAGCCUACGGUCAUCCAAGUGAAUGCUCAUUUGAACCCAGGAUACCAGUAUGGGGGCUGGGGAAAAGACUCCAAACCUGUUCGAAGCUAUGAGUCAAUGUACUGGUACGGUGCAUACAGCAGUCCCUCUGUGUUUGAAUUCUACUUGUACUCUAAUUAUGACAAACUCCUUCAGAGAUCCUCCUUCACACACCAUGGUCUGCCUCAGGGGUACGAAGGCACUGGUAAUAAUUACAUUGUUCAUGGUAACACCAUAUAUUACCAGGCUGCCAACCCAUUCAGAAUGUCCAAAUUAAAUUUGACCUCUUCUGUUUAUAGUCACAGACAAAUCACAAAAGCAAGCGAAAGAUUCACCUACACUUAUUCACCAAACCAGUACCUGGAUUUUUCUGCUGAUGAGAGAGGGUUGUGGGUAAUGUAUGCCACAGAGGAGGCCAAGGGUAAAAUUGUCAUUGCUAAGAUAGACGAGAAAUCAUUUGGUAUCGAGGAUGAAUGGACCACUAGUGCGUUCAAGCCUCUAGUAGGGAAUGUUUUCAUGGUGUGCGGAGUUAUGUAUGCCACCAGGCCAGGAGAUUUGAAGACAGAGGAGAUCUAUUACUCAUAUGACACCAAGACCGGAGAGGAGAAAUACAUGAGUAUUCCCCUUCAGAAAUUCCAGGAGAAAUUUGUCAACCUGCAUUACAAUCCCACUGAUCAGAGGCUUUACAUGUACAACAAUGGCUAUUAUGUGUCCUACAAUCUGAAGUUUAACAAAGGAUGAUGCCUCUUGUUCUUAAUCUGCCGUAUUGUGAUUGAUACAAAUGAUCUUCACUGACUUUCUCUAACAUUGGGAUAUCUGUGUGACGCAUAGAAACUUCACUUUUGUUUCUGGAAUAAAAUCAAAA